AUGUGGUGGUUCAUUGCGACAGUCCUCAUCUUCUCAGACGGGGCUAUCGGGGCAUCGAAUUCCUCCACGUUAAGUAUCGACCCGAUCAAGAACUUCUGCCAGAGGUUAUGGCAUCAGUCUGUCGUGAAGGACGAUGUCCUCUACAUCGACGGAGGCAUUGAGGUAUUCAUUCCAUACAACAACCAUGGCAACCCAGAACAGGGAGACCCCAUUCUCGGACUCAAUACGUACAUGGUGAUGGUUCCUAUGAAUGGAUCCUGGAACUGGGACACAAACAUCACUGUCACUGCAGUGAACAAGACCGUCAAUUCAGAGACCGGGGCCCUCCCUCCGUCCAACAUCCGAGGAGCGCUCUAUGCCGGAGCGCAAGACGACUCUAAUGUCUACAUGUACGGUGGGACUGUUUCAUAUGCCAACCAGACCUUCCCAGGAUUUAUGUUUUCGACUGCUCCCACAUACUCGCUCUGGUCUGUCGACCCAACCGGGCAUACCUGGAAUCAAUUCGACGUCUCGCUGGAUGUACCAUUUCGACCAGCUGGAGGCGCAUAUGCAGAGGCGACUGGUCGAGGAAUGGCAUUCUACCUGAACGGAUUCCUCGACAAUGGCUCGUCACCUGACUAUCAGUAUUAUGAAGAUUUCCGAACAUACGUGCCCGGUCUCAUUGUUCUCAAUACAACGACACAAGAAGCGAAGAAUUUGUCCACAUCGUCCCUGAACAACUACCCUCGAGCGAUGGGCGGGUUAGUUUACUUGCCAAAAAUUGGGACCGAGGGAAUUCUGGUGUCAAUGGGUGGAGUGACGAAACCGGUUACCAACAGUGCCUUGUCAGACAUGGGAACAUAUGUGAGUACCUCGAACUCGAGAUUGGAAGGUGCUAUUAACUCACAUCCAGCGUCACUGCAGGUACCAUUCGAUAGUGUUGAUUUCCUCGACAUCGCAUCCAUUGAUGGUGGUAACUCAGAUGGAACGUGGUACACGCAAACCACGACCGGUGAUAUCCCAGCCCCGCGAACAGACUUUUGCCUAGUUACAGUAUCGGCACCGGACAACUCGAGCCACAACAUAUACCUAUACGGCGGAAAAGGCGAGAAGGAUACCUAUGAUCAGACCUAUGUCCUCUCCAUUCCCUCAUUCACAUGGAUCAAACUCAUGGAAGGAGCCUCCUCCUCGUUACGCACAUACGUCGCUAUACUCAACCUGAAUAACUCAAAAUGGGGCAAGGUUUUCAAUUACCAUGCCGGCGCGUACACACUUCCAUCUAAGAUCACCGAUGUCAUUGGUGGCAGCGCAAUGGGAAAUGCCACCCUCACCGAGCCCGCAACGGGAUUCAGCAACGAAAAAGUCACAACCUACUUCAGCCAGCUGGGGGACAGUGGAUCCGACUCGGGUUCACACAUGAGCGGCGGAACAAUCGCCGGCGCCGCAAUCGGAUCUGUUGCUGGGGCUGCAGUACUUGUAGCCGGACUUAUCUAUGUGUUGAUUAUACGAAGGCGGAAACGAAAAGCCGCAAACCGACAUCCUGGUAUUCCAGAAGCUCCGCCAGAUCCGAUAUCCGCGCGAUUUUCAAGGGCGAUAUUCCGCAACAGUGGCCGAAAGGUUGAAUUGGGUUCGCAGCGGCCGGAGGUCCAUGAGAUGGAUACAAGUCCACAGGCUUUUGAGCUCCCAGUGAGAACGUCUAGAGACUCGAGAGGGCUCGAGGAAAAGAAGGACUAG